AUCCCAAAACGGACAAGAGAGAAACUCCAUGAGCAUGGAUACAAGCCUGCAAGCCAUCAUUGGUCAGCUCCCUCAACUUCACUCUCCGGCUGCUUUAAUUAAACAGCAACCAGCGACUUUUAUCUUGGCAGGCAACACCAAUAGUUUGAUUACAUAUAUGUCAUGUAUGUAUACCAUGGGGUAUCCUACACCAAGAAGAACACAUACUCAUGGCAAAAGCACCCAUGGACACGCUUCAACUAGCCUGCAUCCAGAUAGCCAUAGCCUUGCUCUUGCUUACUCAAGCCAAGAGCACCACAGAGGACACAUCUGCCCUGCAUCCAAACGCUACAAUCACCAGUUGUAUUGCUGGCGAGAGGUCUUCCCUUCUCGCCUUCAGGGCAGGUCUAUCAGACCCUACCAACCUCCUUCCAUCAUGGAAGGGUGAUGACUGCUGCCGAUGGAAGGGCGUCUACUGCAGCAACAGAACCGGCCAUGUUGUCAAGCUCGAUCUCGGAGGCUGUGAUGAAGGCUGGCAGAUGCUAGCAGGCAACAUAAACUCCUCGUUGCUUGGUUUACAACAUCUACGGUAUCUCGACCUCAGCUGCAACAGGUUUGACAAGAUACAGAUACCGGAGUUCAUGGGUUCUUUCCAUCAGCUGAGAUAUCUCGACCUAUCGUGGUCACAGUUCAUUGGAAGGAUACCACCGCAGCUGGGUAAUCUCUCCAACUUACAGUACCUAAAUCUUGACACCUACUCAUACGUGAGUGUUGAUUCUUCUUUCCAUAGAGGCACAUAUUCCACCGAUAUCACCUGGUUGUCACGGUUAACUUCCCUUGAGCACCUGGAUAUGACUGGGGUGAACCUCAGUACAAUUAUUCACUGGCUUCCGGUGGUGAACAUGCUUCCUACUCUGAAAUUUCUUCGUCUUUUCGCUUGCCAACUUAGAACCUGCCCUGAUUCUCUUCAGCUCUCAAAUCUGACAUCUCUUGAAAUACUUGACCUUUCGGAAAACCACUUCCAUAAGCAUAGCAGGCCCAACUGGUUCUGGGAUUUAACUAGCCUCAAGUAUCUAGAUCUCUCGGGAAAUGGUUUCUAUGGCUCGUUCCCAGACGAGAUAGGUAAUAUGACAGCAAUUGUGGAGCUUGAUUUCAUAGACAAUAACCUUGUGGGCAUGAUACCUUCCAGUAUGAAGAACCUAUGUAAUUUGGAGAAAUUGGCUUCUGCCGGGAACAAUAUGAACGGGAGUAUAACAGAAUUAUUCCAUCGAUUACCCAAUUGUUCAUGGAAUAAACUACAAGACUUGUUUCUAAUGGAGAGUAAUCUAGCUGGAAGCCUGCCAUCUACACCGGUACAAACAUUAAGCAACCUGAGCCAGCUGAAUCUCGCUAAUAACAGCCUCACUGGUCAAGUGCCACUGUGGAUAGGAGAGCUCACAAAACUAAAAAGUUUGGUCCUUAUCUCCAACAACCUGGAUGGCGUCAUCCAUGAAGGCCAUUUAUCACGUCUUGAGAAUUUAAAGGAACUUGUAUUGUCAGACAAUUCCAUAGCCAUCAGAGUGAGUCCAAAAUGGGUUCCUCCUUUUAGUCUGGAAUAUAUUCACCUUCGUUCCUGUCAGCUAGGGCCCAAGUUUCCAACGUGGCUUAGAUGGCAAACACAUGCAAUUAGUCUUGAUAUAUCAAACACAAGCAUAAGUGACAUGAUACCGGAUUGGUUUUGGAUAUCAGCUUCCUCAGUAAAGUUUCUGAAUAUCCAAAAUAAUCAGAUCACAGGAGUCCUACCAUCAACAAUGGAAUUUAUAUCCGGAAAAGAAAUGGAUUUCAGUUCUAACCAGCUUGGUGGUCCAGUACCUAAGCUUCCCAUCAAUAUAACCGGCCUAGAUCUCAGUCAAAACAAUUUAGUUGGCCCACUACCAUUAGACUUUGGAGCACCAAGACUUGAAACACUUCUUCUAUAUAACAAUAUGAUCUCCGGCGCCAUUCCAUCUUCUUUUUGCAAGUUGCGAUCAUUGCAGUUGUUAGAUCUAUCAGGAAAUAAUCUCAAUGGGUCAAUUACUAAUUGCCUAGUCAAUGAGUCCAACACAAACAUGGCAGGUCUGAGUAUCACUAAUCUAAGCUUAAGAAACAACAACCUCUCAGGUGCAUUUCCUUUGCUGCUGCAGAAAUGUACACGACUCAUCUUUCUUGAUCUCAGCAACAAUCAGUUCUCUGGGACUUUUCCAGCAUGGAUUGGGGAGAAGCUAUUGUCUUUGUCAUUCUUACGGUUGAGAUCCAAUAUGUUUUAUGGUCACAUUCCAGUUGAGCUUACAAAGCUUGUUAAUCUGCAAUAUUUGGACCUUGCGUACAACAAUAUAUCAGGGAGCAUACCGAGAUCUAUUAGUAAUUGCACAGGCAUGGCACAAACAAGAGGCAACUCUGAUAAUCUUCAGUAUGCCUUCAAUUAUAUAUCUGGGGUUGAUGACAAUGUACUAGUUGUCUACAGUGAGAAUUUCACAGUACUCACGAAAGGUCAAGAGAGACUAUAUACAGGAGAAAUCAUAUAUAUGGUGAAUCUUGAUUUAUCUUGUAAUAGUAUUACCGGAGAGAUCCCUGCAGAAAUUGGCGCUCUUGUAGCAUUGAAGAACCUGAACUUAUCAUGGAACAACUUCAUCAGAAAAAUCCCUGGGAAUAUUGGCGCCUUAAUUCAAGUGGAGUCACUUGACCUAUCACACAAUGAUUUGUCUGGUGAAAUCCCUUCGAACUUAUCAGCUCUCACGUCACUGAGUCGCUUGAACCUAUCCUACAACAAUCUGAGAGGAAAGAUACCAACAGGAAAUCAACUGCAAACACUCGAAGACCCAGAAUCUAUUUAUAUCGGCAACCCGGGCCUUUGUGGCCCUCCACUAUCGUGGAAUUGUUCAGAGCCUGAGCCAGUUCCAUCUACUCGAGACCGAGAGCACCAGGAAGAUGGAAGCAGUGACAUGGUUUUGCUUUUGUUUGUCAUAGGUUCUGGAUAUGUGAUGGGUCUAUGGGUGGUCUUCUGCACCUUCUUGUUCAAGAGAAGAUGGAGUGCUGCUUGGUACUUGCUCUGUGAUAGCCUGUAUGACCGGGUUUAUCUGCAGGUGGCUGUUACCUGGGCUUCCUUGAGAGGUAAAAUUAAUGGAUAGAAGCUGAGAUGAGAUGAUCAUCAACUGGUUAUUGGUUUGCUCUCAUGUAAUGCUUUUGAGAUUUAUCAUGAAUGUCUCAAUCAAUGUUUAGGUAUUGUACUAGAACUAGUCAGUAUAUGUAUUCAAGGCGCAUUCCAUCGACUGAGAUUGGUAUGCUGUUUUCCGUAUUGUACUAGAACCAGCAUUGGUUCUUGGUUUGAUCUAGACAUGUAAUUUGAUAUACUCUCGAGAUUUAUCAUGAAUGUAUCAAUUGAUAUUCCAGUGUAUUGUACUGGAACAAGUCA